CGCCGCCAUAUUGAAAAUUUUAGUGAUUCCGUAAAUUAUCGUCUGCAAUGGAGUGUUAUUUUUGUCUAUCAAAUUUUCAUAUUUUCGUUGAAGAUUUAUCAGAAUUAUGCAAUUUGUUCACUGUUUCUCAGUUCGGUUACGGUCCCUGCAGAAAAGCUUCGGUCGUUUGACAGAAUUCGCCUGAGAGUUUGUAAAGUGUCGGUCGAUCCUGGAGACAUCUUGUGAUCGAAAACCACUAUUGCACUCAGUAGCUUGGCUGUCUGAAUUUGUCCUCACGUGAAACGGUAACAAAAUUAGAUUGGUGCUAUUUAGGGUCCUCAAUCAUGGAAGUGUCGUGGGACGCAGAUAAUUUUGAGCCAAAACUCCCGGCCACGUUGACUACAUCGAAUAAAUGGGAAGGCGAGGACGAAGAAGAGAUAGUCAAGGAUAGCUGGGAAGAUGAAGAAGAAGAGAAGAAGGAUGAAGAAAAGAAAGAACAAGCCGUAGCUCCUCCUCCUGCUAAGCCCAAAAAGAAAAUUCAAGACAAAAUUGCCGAAAAAGAGCGGCUUGAACGUGAGAAGGCUGAACGGCUAGCCAGCGAAAAGCCUGAGGAGUUGACUCCAGAACAGAAGCUCGCUGAAAAACUCCGCCAGCAGAAAUUGCAGGAGGAAUCUGACUUGCGACUUGCUAUGGAAACAUUUGGUGUGACUGAAGGCGGUGGUAAACUGGACAGCUUCCAUCCGACGAGCAAGGAGGAGUUCACAGAGUUUGCAGAGUUGCUCAGCAAGAAGAUCACUCUGUACAAGGCCAAGGAAGAGUUCCCAGCGUUCGCUGAUGAGCUUGUUAGGAGUAUUAUUGUUCAAAUGGCAUCCGGUGACAUCAAAAGGAUAAAGAUGUCUGUAGACAAUAUUUACAUUGAGAAACAGAAGGCGGAGAAGAACGAUAAGGCCAGGAAACCCACAAAAGGCAAGGGCAAAGCCAAAUUAAAAGUGGAAGGUGAUAAUGCCCACCUCAACCAAUACGACACUUAUGGCAACUUCGAUGACGAUUUCGACGACUUUAUGUAAGCACGCGUACAACAAACAACGGUGCCUGGCGUCCCAGCGUUCCCACUCUUAUUGACCUCUUUAUAUGGCUCAAAUUCGUUUAACAACACUAGGGGAAUAGUCAUAAAAAAUAACCCCACCCCUUUCACUCUACUAAAUAUAACCUCUAUUUUUUUACUGAUAGAGUAUAGAAAUGCAUGUCUGAAUCGUCCAGUAUUGCCAACACUCCGCUCGGCUAUACGUGUUUGCUAUUCGUAAACUUGAGAACAGUCUGUCUUUAUCAUGCUUUACAAGGAACGAAAAGGACAGACUGAUGUCAAAUUUACAAAUGGCAAACACGAAUAGCGAAGUCUAGUACUGGCAUAACACAAUGUUGAUUGAUGUGUUGUAAGAGAGAAUCAAUAGUUUCUGAUAUGUAUUUACUAUCAUUGUUGUUAGAAUUGUGGCAGGAUCAUAGUCAAAGAAUACUAAUAUAUUGAAAAAAUUAUAAUGGACAGGGAUCUUGCAGUUUGAUCAAUCAAUAUAUGUCGUAUAAUAAUCUAUUAUGGGUGAAUGUUAAUGAAAAUAUAUGAAAUGUGUACUGUUUGAGAUUUACGUUACAAUGUACUUACUGUCAACUUCAUAUCGGGUUGCCAUUCAGAAUUUCGCAAGGGAUAUUGCACUCUAUUUCAUAUAGGUUAAAGUUUAAAAACAUAAUUAGGAGAAAAGCAGUUUUUAAAAAUUAAUGGCAUAUCUCACGCGCAGUUGACAGUCAAUUUUAUUUCAAUAUAAUUAACCUACAUUGCUCGAAUGCAUUACAUUACUUAACAUAUCAGUUCGUCUCUUUCUUUUAUAAGACUUUAAAAAAUUGGUUCCCUAUAUUAUUGAACCGGAAAGCAUGCUCUAUAACAUACGAUAUAAGGUUGAAAAUUGGACACAACUCAUUGACACCUGUAA